AUGACGAGCUUGUUUAACCAAACUUUGAACAGCAAGACCAAUGAACAGCAGAUCAGAGUUAGCCAGGCAGAUGACUUUAACAAUCUCAUAAUCAAAUGUGUUGUGAAUGCAGUAUUCUCGUUAACAGCUUUGGUGGGAAAUGGUCUCGUUCUUGGCGCGAUUUGGAAAACCCCUUCUUUGCACUCCCCUUCCAAUAUUCUCCUCUUUGGGCUUGCCUCAUCAGAUUUUGGCGUGGGUCUUAUCGUGCAGCCAUUGUAUGUGACCCUACAGAUCAUUGAAGUUGUGACAAAAGAAUACUUUACCUCUGCAUGGACGUCGUACAGAAUAACCCAAGCAAUUUUUGUGUCAUCAACGCUAUUAACAAUAACAGCAGUAAGCGUCGAUAGAUUUCUCGCUCUGCAUCUUCAUUUGAAAUACAGGGCCGUGGUAACAGCCAAGCGAACUCUGAUUGUUUUAUUUCUGAUAUGGAUAGCAAGCGUUGCAUAUGGUUUGACGGUUUUAAUGGACUUAUUACACCUGUCUUUCUGCGUUACGAUCGUGUGUUCAAGUCUGAUUGCAACUUCCAUAGUCUAUCACAUCAUUUUCAGAAUCGCACGACGCCAUCAAAGGCGCACCCAAUUUCAAAUGCAAGAAACUUUGAAUAGAACGCGAUUAAGGAAGCCCGCAGUCAAUAUGUUCUUGGUGUUUCUCUGGUUGUGUUUAUUUUACACUCCCUAUCUUUCCAUAAGAAUUGUCGUUAAUAUUGUUCGGUGGCCGUUCAGCUUGGUACGCCUCACUCUCAGUUGGUCAGCUGUCUUCGUUUAUAUCAAUUCCUCCUUAAAUCCUUUAAUAUACUGCUGGCGCAUGCGUUACUUGCGCAGGGCGAUAAGGAACUUUGCAAGAAACCAAUUGCCCAGCGUUUACAAGUGA